UGCUUUGUAAUUCUUGUUUUUCCCUUGACCCUUUUAAAAUCCUUCUGCAUAUAUAUGCUCACAUAGUGUUUAUAGUUUUAGUGGGUGAGAAUAGCCAUGUCUACUUCAAAGAGCGUCAGCAGUUCUAGCGAAGAUGACAAUGAACUUAGAAGAGGGCCCUGGACUCUUGAAGAGGAUAAUUUGCUCUCCCAAUACAUUUCUGAUCACGGGGAAGGCCGAUGGAACUUGCUGGCUAAACGUUCAGGAUUAAAGAGAACUGGUAAAAGUUGCAGAUUAAGGUGGCUAAAUUAUCUAAAACCAGAUGUGAAACGAGGAAAUUUAACCCCACAAGAGCAACUUUUAAUUCUUGAACUCCACUCAAAGUGGGGAAACAGGUGGUCAAAAAUUGCACAGCAUUUGCCCGGAAGAACAGACAAUGAGAUCAAGAACUAUUGGAGAACAAGGAUUCAGAAACAAGCCAGACAUUUGAAAAUUGAGACUGACAGCAGAGAAUUUCAAGAGCUUGUAAGGCGUUUUUGGAUGCCAAGAUUGCUUCAGAAGGUAAAAGAGUCAUCGUCUUCUUCGGCCAUGUCGAUUCAGAAUCAGGCAAUUCCUUUGGUUCUUGAUGAUGGUGUUUCUCAACAGUCAACUAUUGGGACCAUACCAUGGCAGGGAGCUUGCGUGAGUAUGAAUGGAGGUAGUCCCACUUAUAUGGACCAACAUGAGCAGAACUCAGACUCUGAACACAACAGUGGUUCAUGCAUCUCCUUUUCUGAGUCAGCAAAUAUGCCAAAAGUGGCUCAUCAUUUUGGACACACCAUGGACCAAUUCCAUUCCCUAAGCAACAAUGACUUUGGCACUUACUCAUUUGAUCCUUAUCAUGUAAAUGACAAUGCAUAUGAGAUGGAGACCUUCAAAGCAGCAACUGCAAAGGUGGCUCAGGAUGUGCAAUACCCAAUUGCUGACUGUCAACCGGCAGGAACCGAUUGGCUAAGCAACGAUUUUGCAUGUACCAUUUGGAACAUCGAUGAACUGUGGCAGUUUAGCAAGUUACAAAAAUAAGAUUUUUAGGGUUUCUCAUUUUUGGAAUAACCCAAACACUGUCUUUGAUGAUGUUAUUGUGGAUUAGCUACCAAAUUAAUCAAUUCAGAGAUGGUGAUUGUUUUCUGUA